AUGAGGAGGGUCACCGGGUUAGAGUCAUCGUCCGAGGACUCGGACAAAGAAAAAGAUGAACAUGCUUGCAAAUUUAGGAGACUCUCUGAUGUUAAUUUGGCAAAAAUAUCUCUCUGCUCCAAAAUGCUUAACAGGGGUUUGCCAUGCAAGAAAGUAGCCAGGUUCCAGCAGAUUUCAAGGUACAUGCGGAAGAAUUCAGAUGGAAGGAUAUAUAGGCAGCAUAGACGAAGAGUUAUUGAUGCGAAACCAAAAGUUGACACCAACCCACCAAAAUCUAUCAUCAAGUUGUGUGCACGUCGUAUGAACAAACAGCAUCUCAUUCCGAUGGAAUUGAAUUACGAAACUUCGAAAAAGAUGACCUUAGUUAUAGCCAAACAAAUGGUCAGUCCGUGCAAUAUCGACUGCUGGAACUUCAAAUCGGAUGAAAUUUUUAACAAGGCAAGAGAAGAAAGAGAGCAGUUGCACAAAAAAUACACGUCUGACAUAACUAGAGCCAAUCUGGUCAAUCUUUGGAAGUUCAGCUUCGUCGCAGCUAACUACUGCAGAUUUAAGCAACUGAAAAGCUGGGAGAAGGAAUACGCAAGAGAAAUGCUAUUGAAAAUUCAGAAACAGUUGAUGAAGGUGCAAAAUAGGGCGAUGUUUGUACAUUCGUGGAAGGACCCUUACUACACCCCUGAGAUUCUAUACAACAAGUCCAUCAAGAGGCCGACCAACUCAGAUAAGUUGAGGUGGAUUCCUUUCAAAGACCCCCAUAUGAUCGAUUACAGGGGUGAUAGAGACUGGAGUGAGGACGAGAUGCUAGACGUGCUGAACAGAGUCUCGAAGAUGAGCAUGACAAAAUGCCACAAUGCUGCUGCUGAAAAUGCUUACGUCACAACUGCUACUACAGCUGCUACUGCUGCUGAUGCUACGGCUGCUGAUAAUUAUAAUUAUGAAGAAGAUUAUGGGGAAGAGUAUGAAAAUGAUUUCGUUGAAAAUUAUGGCGAUUUUGAAGAGGAUGAAAUUGAAUAUUUCGACAAUAAAAAUGAAUCAUUUGAAUGA